AAUAGACCCUUGAAGAGCUCGCAGCGGAGCAUCUAAGCUUCAAAACAAAACGAGGAAAAACCACAACAGAAGCAGUUUCCUGUUGCGAUCACCUGCAAGAUUAGGGUUUCCAUCAUUGAGGGAGAAAUUGUGAGAGAAGAUGUGGCACGAAGCCAGAAGAUCGGAGAGAAAGGUCCACGACAUGAUGGACGCUGCUCGAAAGAGAGCGCAGAGACGAGCCGUGUACUUGGCGAAGAGGAGAGGCGAUCCUCAACAAUCUAUUCAGGUCAUCGGCAGUAGAUGCCGGACCUACCGCGAUGAUGGUCUAUACCAAGCCACCGAGGAUCAGCAAGGCCUGAUACCCUGGAACGGGAAACAGGAUGUUCUAAUUGACAGAUUUGAUGGUCGUGCCCUGCUUGAUUUUAUCAGAGAGGCCGGGUCCAGACGUUUUCGGGCCCCAGAAAAAUCUGAAGAAGAAGAAGAACUAGAAGAGUUUGUUAAUUUUGAGCGUUACCGGGAUUUAAUUAAGCACCGACGUAGAGGAUUUACUGAUGAAGAAGGUUUGCAACAUGUAACCCAAGAGAUGGAGGCUAAGGCUGUUAUUCCAUUUGCUUCAGACAGUACUUCUCAGCUGACACAAGCUCCUUCAAGCAAGGGUUCAUAUUCACAAGUGGGGUUCUCUUAUGAUGGUGAUGUAAAGGAGGAAUCUCAAUUUUCAGAUGGUGAUGAUAAUGAAGAAGAUGAUGAAGAUGAUGAGGAUGAUGAGGAUUUUAACAGUGAUGAUAGCAAUGAUGAAGGAAUGGAUAUGAUAGCAAAAGAAUUUGGGGUGAAACGGUAUGGGUGGCUUGUUUAUAUGGAUAAAAGGGCAAAAGAGGAAGAGAAAAGGCAAAAGGAGAUGAUCAAAGGAGAUCCUGCAAUUAGGAAGCUGAGUCGCAAAGAAAGGAGGAAAGCUUCUCAGAUUGAAAGGGAAAGAGAGAGGGAAGCUGCUCGGAUCACGGGAAGUCGAGUGCUCCAUCAUGAUCCCUACCGGGAACCUAGAAGAAGUCCAACUUAUGAAGCUUAUUCUCGUUCCAGAAGGUCGAGAUCAAGAUCUCGUUCAUACUCACCGUCACAUUCAAGGCGAUAUGCUCGAGGAGGGCAUUCUGAUGAAGUUCAUCGUAGCAAGCCAAGGACUCCUAAAAUAGAAUAUAUCACUGAGUUUGGGGGCUCUGGUGAAGGGGACGAACCAAAGCUUGAAGGAUAUUCUCCACCAUCAUCUCCUCCAUCCCAAGCUGAUAUGUUGAGCCGGCAAUCUUCUGGUCGCAUACUUGAGGCUUUGCAUGUGGAUCCUGCAUCUGGUGUAUCCCUUGAUAAGGAAAAGAACGCCAAAGCAGUGAAACCAGCAGUAAGCACGUCAUCAGCACUAGCAAAGUUAACCAAGGCAAGUAGUUCUGGGGGUCCCUUGAAGCAGCAGCCAGGGGAGAAAAAAGAAACUCCUCAGGGGAGACUUAAAAGGAUCAUGAGCAAACAGCUAAACAAACAAAUUAAAAAGGAUACUGCUGCUGAGAUAGCCAAAAAACGAGAACAGGAGCGUCAGAGGCUAGAGAAACUCGCAGAAACGAACCGGUUAAGUCGUUAUAGGCGUCGUAGCCGCAGUAGGAGCUAUAGUCGAUCUCCACCUAGAAGACACCGACGCAGUAGAAGUCCAAGUAGGAGCAGGAGUUCUCGAAGAUACCAUUCUCGGUCCCGUUCUCGGUCCCGUUCUCGGUCCCAUUCUCGUUCUCGGUCUCGAUCUCGGUCUUAUUCCCGUUCCCCAAGGGUGAGAAGUCGAUCAAGGCAAUCAUAGAUAUGCUGGAAUAUAUUUCUGUUUUAAGCAUUAAGAGGGCACUUUUGGCCCUAAAAGGCAAUAUGGUGAUGUAUUAGGCAAAGAUAAUGGAAAUUGCAUGAGCCCCAAUCUCUGUUUUUUGUUCCUAGUGUUUGAUCGCAUCUACCAUUUCUGUACACUGCAAGAUAUCCAAUUAAAAGUAUAUAUUAAGUUGUCUUUGAUAAUGUUGGUUUA